CAAUUCCAUCGGCACAUGUUUUACGAGCGUUACAUAACGGCCAUCACGUUGAACCUGGAAUGCGCCGGGAUGGAUCGAGUGUUGAGCCAGCUAUCGGCGAAUAUCUAUUUUAAUGGCACCUUUCAAUGGCUUAUGUUUGGGGGGAAAAAGUACGAACAGGUGACCUGCUUACUAGCUAAUCAGAAUAUUAAUUACGAUUCCUCGAUUACGCUGGUGUUGGAUGGAUACGAACAAGAUGAUGCCGCACCGCCUCGUUACGAAGUGUACGAUGUUUCGGGAAGUGUAAAACGCCGUGGAGGUACAGUAAGUUUCGAGCUGCUAGGGAUUGUAUCUUCAUUGAAUGAGCUUCCCAGACGGGAUCCACUGAGUCGCUUACUGAAUGGGGUAGAACUUCGAACAGUAGUGUCGACUGCCAAUACACAUCAACCGCAGCCUUUUAUAGAGAAGUUGAAUUCCGUAAAGCGACCCAAAUCGUACAGCGCCGUCACACACUGCUACCAGCUGAUCAAACUACUUCAGUUGAAGCUUAAAUUCAAGCUUGUAUUGGUACUGACCACUGACUGGCGAUUCGAUCUUAUUGGGAAAAACUCUUCGAACGGUAUAGCGGGACAGCUAGAAACCAAAAUGGUCGACUUUUCAGCAACACCGUUUGCAAUGACAGUGGAACGCUUGCCGCUCUGUGACUUUACCAUUGAAAUCGCUCAUGGAACCUUCUACACCGUGUUCCGGCAUCCGAAAAGUUUGAACGAAAACAACAUUUUCCUGUUACCGUUUGAAAAUUCACUUUGGAUGGCUAUCGGUCUAACUUACAGUAUAGUUGCUCUGAUCAUAGCAGCAUCUAUGCUAUGCCUUUCUCGCAUAGAUCGUGCUCAAACGAGCAUUGAUGUUCUGGUGGAGCAGACCGUUCUAUGUACGGUGGGAAUAGUGUGCCAGCAGGGAUUGCACCAUCGUGUCAUUUUGCAGACCUCAAUCAAGCUGCUUAUCCUGGUUGCAAUGGUAUCAUCGAUGCUGUUGGUACAGUUCUACUCCACCUUUAUCGUAGGAUAUCAGCUCAUUACGCCACCGAAAACAAUAAACACACUGGAAAAGCUGGCGGACAGUAACAUUAAGAUGUGCGUCGAAGAUUUGAGCUAUCAGCGUGAUUUCUUCAAUCGUACCAAAACCCCGAUUGCACUCAAGCUAUACGAAAAGAAGAUUCUUCCCGACAAGUAUGGGUUUGUGAACUUAUCGUUCGGGAUACAGCUGCUCAAACGCGGAGGUUAUGCAUUUCACAGUGAAACUUCCUACGGUAAUGCACUAAUCAUAGAUACCUUUACUGAUCGGGAAAUUUGUGAACUACAGCAGCUUCAGCUUUAUCCACAACGAACCGUACAUCUGCCGAUGAUUAAGGAUAGCCCGUUGCGAGAACUUUUCAAGGUUAAUUUACAACUGCUAAAGGAAAGCGGACUGCUGGCGUAUCACCACUCGCGGAGCUACAUUCCCAAACCAAAGUGCAAUAAGCAGAGUAACAACCACACGGAACCAAUCUAUCUUACCGAUGUGAAGUUUGCCUUUCUCCUGCUGGCCGUUGGAAUGGCGGCGAGCGUUGCGAUGUUACUGUGGGAGUUUAUUUUUCUGCGCCUCCAACGCUGGUGGUAUGAAAAGAAGUUCACAAUUCCGGAAGGAUUCGUGUGGCUUAAUUAA